GCCGGCCACGUUAACAUUGCAAUGAUUGAAGACAUCGGUGGCACAAGGAUGGGUCAGUCAGACGUUGGUGCAGCCACGGAUUGGAACCAGCAACCACGCGGUUCCACCGUGAGCUUCCACAACGUCCACUACAAAGUGCAGCUAAAGAGCGGCCCGGUUUGCCACAGAAAAAUAAGCCCCAUGCAAAUUCUGAUGGAUCUCAAGUGAGUGCUGAAUAUUUUGUCUUAAUAGACAUUUAUGUGGGUAGUUGUAAGUUUAAUUUUGAGUCAGCAUCCUUCUCUGAAAUACAGAGUAAGAAUUUAGAUUUAAAGCCCCUAACAAAAAGUAGUGUCUUUUUCUUUUGUGUUUCUAUACAUACAAAGAUACAUGAAAAAGAUAUUAUUGUUGUCCAAUAAAUUCUAAAAAAUGCCACAAAUACUACUGAUAGAAUUGUAUAUUUAAAGCACACUUUUUUCCCAUCAUCCCCAUAUCUUCUUAACAGAAUUCACAAAUGGCUAAAAUAUUUUAUUUAAUGAGUGUUUAUCACAUAUUGCUAAUUCAGUAAACAGUUAACCACAUUUAACAGCUGAACUAAUAAAGCAGCAAACAUCAGCAGCAGGGCCUUGUGUCCAUUUAAAUGAAAUAUGAAGGAUGUUCAACAUCGAGUUUUGUCAUUUCUGAAUCCUACAGUCCAGCUGAGGCAUUAAAGCAAAAUGUAUUUAUCUGUUGCUUUUAUCUGACUACAUCUCCCUCUAAACUGUCUGCAAUCGGUUAAAUGUAACUGGAACAAAGUUUCAUCAAAUUUGACUGUAAUUGACUUUUAUUUAACAUGCACUUUUAUUGCUUACUGAUUACUUAUAUUUUAAGUUGGAGUUGAAUUCAAGAAACUUAAGAGCAAAAAAAAAGUUGUUUUGUAAUUUAAAGUUUUUGUUUUAAAUGUUGGUAGUUGUUGAGCUAUUAUGCACAGUGUAGUUAGUUGUGUUAAAGACAUGUUUGUCUUAUUGCUUUGACUUUGGGCGUCUAAAACUUGCAUUUGCAGCGGGAUUAUGAGACCUGGCUUGAAUGCUAUUCUUGGACCAACUGGAAGUGGGAAAUCUUCGUUUCUGGAUAUUUUGGCUGCUAGGAAAGAUCCAAUCGGUCUUUCAGGGGAGGUUCUUAUUGACGGAGCGCCACAGCCUCCGAACUUUAAAUGUCUUUCUGGUUAUGUGGUCCAGGAAGAUGUUGUGAUGGGCACUCUAACUGUGAGGGAGAACCUUCGGUUUUCGGCAGCUCUGCGGCUCCCCAGCUCAGUCCCACAGAGGGAGAAGGAGGCGCGAGUCAAUCACCUCCUCAGAGAGCUCGGUCUCACCAAAGUGGCUGACUCCAAGUCAUACAUGUCCUCAUUUGCAUCUUCAUCCUCCACCUUCCUCUUCCACACCAUCUCUCAACAAUACAAAUAA